AUGCCCACCUCACUGCACAAGACACGGAAGCAAAUCUCCAAGAAGCGCGGCGGCGAAGUAAACGCUCUGCACGCCAAAUCGCGCGACUCCAAGCGUCUGCGUAUGGCGCACGCCCGUGAUCUUCGACUGGAAAAGCUUGCCAACGCCAGAGCCAAAAAGGAAGAGCCAAUCGUUGACCGAAUUGAGUACUUUUACAGCCAGCUCAAGGAAAAGGAUGUAUCCCAACUAGAGCUUCCGGAGGUGCAAAGCCUCAUUCACAAUUUCGUUCACCAAUAUGACGAAGAGCUUGAUGCAAUAAAAAAGGCACGGCGCCCAGGCCGACCCGCCAGCACGCGUGAAGACCUGCUCAAGAGAAAAAUUGAUACUCUAGAAGAUGAGUACGAAAAAGGCUUCUUAAUCCCCAACGUUUUAGACGAGGAAAACGGCAAAAAGCUUCUCGGAUACGAAGGCUCAUGGGCAUAUAUUGCCACCAUUUCUUGGUCCAAGGUGUCGAAAGCAGGCAAAGUGAGCAAUGGCGACUUUCCCUCCAAGGGAAUCAUGUAA